CAGCAGCUCGACCACGGAGAACAAAGCUCCGGCGACGCUCUCCCAAUGAGAUGCGCGGUGACGGCGGAGGCGGGCCUUGAGCCCCAUCAAGUUAGGCUGAGCGGCGGCGGCGGCUAGCUGGUGGUGGGACGGGGAGACGGUUUUUGGUUAACGUCGUGGAGAUACCCGCAAACGAGGGCGUCUCGCUCCACGAACGGGCUUUUAAAUUUCUUUCGCCCAGAAGGUGUUCGGCGCCUCGGCACCGCAACGUGCCGUCAAGUAGUUAAUAUCCAAGAGCGAUUAGGCUUGUGUUUAUGUCUUUGUUUUGUGGAAACGAGCUGUUGCGCAGCCGUUGGUACCUGUGUCGAGGAAACCUAACUAACAAGUGGGGAACUUGCAGCCUAAGUGGCGCAAACUUUUUCAUGUCAGAGACCGAGUACACUUGCAAUUGUUUAUGUCAUCCAUUCUUCUUCAGACAGAAGAUACCAAAAAAUUCCAUUCAAAGAUCUUUUCACUUCACUCAUAAAUCUAAUAGUAAACCAGAAUGGCUGUCAACGUCAACCGCAGUGUUUCCGAUCAGUUCUAUCGGUACAAAAUGCCCCGUCUGAUUGCUAAGGUCGAGGGCAAAGGGAAUGGAAUAAAGACAGUAAUAGUCAACAUGGUUGACGUUGCUAAGGCGCUUAAUCGGCCUCCAACGUAUCCCACCAAGUUUUUUGGUUGUGAGCUGGGAGCUCAGACCCAGUUUGAUUCAAAGAAUGAUCGUUAUAUUGUGAAUGGAUCCCAUGAGGCGAAUAAACUGCAAGACAUGCUGGAUGGAUUCAUUCGAAAAUUUGUCCUUUGUAAUGAGUGUGAAAAUCCUGAAACUGACCUGCAUGUCAAUCCAAAGAAACAAACUAUUGGUAUUUCCUGUAAAGCCUGUGGAUACAGAGGCACGCUUGACCUGCGUCACAAGCUCUGCACAUUCAUUCUAAAAAAUCCACCUGAGAAUGGGGAUGGUGGUUCAGCCAAGAAAGAAAAGGAAAAGAAAAACAAGAAAGGCAAGGAUAAAGAGAAUGGAUCGGUGUCCAAUUCUGAAUCAUCCACCCACAAUGAAUUUGAUGCUCCAGAAGCAGUGGAUGGCGAAGAUGAUGAUGAAGACUGGUGUGAAGAAACUACAGAAGAGGCCCAGCGACGUCGAAUGGGUGAAAUCAGUGACCAUGCCAAAAAUCUAACACUCAGUGAUGAUCUGGGAAAAACCUUGGAAGACAGAGUUAACUUAUUCUACAACUUCGUCAAGAAGAAAAAGGAAGAAGGAAUUAUUGACUCGGCUGAUAAAGAGCUUCUUGCAGAAGCUGAACGUCUAGACGUCAUCGCUAUGGGUCCCCUUAUACUUAGUGAAUUGCUUUUUGAUGAGAACAUAAGGGAGCAGAUCAAGAAAUAUAAACGACACUUCUUGCGUUUCUGCCAUGGCAAUAAAAAGGCUCAGAAGUACUUGCUUGGUGGCUUUGAAUGUCUGGUGAAGAUACAUCGGGACCAACUACUUUCCAGGGUUCCUCAUGUUCUGAAGGAACUCUACGAUGCUGAUCUCCUGGAAGAGGAAGUCAUCCUUGCCUGGGCAGAGAAAGUAUCUAAGAAGUAUGUCCCAAAAGAACUUGCCAAAGAAAUACAUUCAAAGGCAGAUCCGUUUAUUAAAUGGCUAAAAGAAGCUGAAGAAGAAUCUGAAGAGGAUGAUGAAGAUGAGGAGGAGGAGGAGGAAGAUAAAGAUGUAGAGGUGGUUUAUGACAGCUCUGCAAGAGAAGUGAAAGUGGAGACUAUGAAAACCAUUAAGAAAAAAGAGGAAGAUGAUAUAGAUAUUGAUGCUAUUUGAUGUAUUACUUUGGGGGAAUUCACUUUUGCAUUGGAAGUCGCAACAAUGGGAAGAUUUCCUUUUUACACUGCAAUUAUUAAAAUUUGUUUCUGCCGUAAACAAAUCUACAAUGGUAAUGAUCUAGUGAUGCUUUGCCGCCUACCAAUUGGACAGCAUGUCAAGUCCAAAUGGUAGAAUGGUCCUCGUCUGUUUUCGCCAAUGACACUUUCACUGAUUCUGGGUGAUGUUUCUGCAUUUACUGCGCAUUUAUACAGGGAUGUAAAAUAAAAAUUAACGGGGAU